AUGUCUACCGCAAAGCCGCAGCCGCAGCCGCAGCCAUUUCAGCCAUUCCAGACCGCCCCUCAAGUCUUGGACUCCAUCAAAACAUCGCAGUCAAAAUUCGAAACACUGAUGCGCUCCUUCACAGGAGGCGAGAGCACUGCCGUCCGCAACUCCUCCGGCGCACAGGCACCUAGCGCCGCGGAAGGCCUUCGGCGCGCAGAAACCCCGGGCAGAGUGAACGCCGAGACCGCAGAGCUCAGACGCAGGCACGACAGACUGGAGCUCGACUUCUUGCUCUUUCAGAAGCGGAUGGAAAAUCGCCAGUGUCGGCCUGCUAUCGCCAGAGAAUGGUGGAAGAGGGAGAGCGCGGCGAGGAUCAACCUCGCCAACGAACUCGGCCAGCUGAGGGAAGAGCACGAACGUAUCAAGACCGAGCUUGAGGAGGCCAGAGCCGUGAUCAAGAAGUUGGAAGAGCAGGUACUUUGA